UUGUCAUUUCACUACUGCAGUUGUACGUUUUUGAGUUGGGGACGAGAGCAAUUAAAUAAUUGUCGACGUGAAUUAACAAUAAAACGAUUGUUGAAUUAUUAAUUUAAUAAUGGAUCAGAUCGCAAAAUUCGUCGAGCCUGGCAAGCAAUUCGCUAAGGACUCCAUCAGAUUAGUGAGAAGAUGCACAAAACCUGAUAGGAAAGAAUUCCAAAAGAUUGCCAUUGCAACAGCCAUCGGAUUUUGCAUCAUGGGCUUCAUUGGAUUCUUUGUAAAGCUGAUUCAUAUCCCCAUUAAUAACAUAAUUGUCGGCUCAUAGAUAAAUAAGUUAAUUUAGACAUUAAUUAUAAUUAAGGUCCCCCCAAGCAUGUGUGUUAGAACAUCCCCUCACAUAUUAUAUUAUUUACAACAAACUGUAUUGUAUAAUUUCAUAAAUAAAUAAAUUAUUUGGUUCUUGUAA